CCGAGGGGGGAGCUGAGGCCGCAGUAGCGUCUGGGCGGCGGCAGGCGAAGGUGUUAGCCAUGGGCUCCGUGCUGCGCCUCUCCUUCCUGCUCCUCCUGGGGCUCGCCGGCCCCGCGGCUACGCUCGCCGGCUAUAUCGAGGCACUCGCAGCCAAUGCUGGGACAGGGUUUGCAGUGGCAGAGCCUCAGAUUGCCAUGUUCUGUGGGAAGCUAAAUAUGCAUGUGAAUAUCCAGACUGGCAAAUGGGAACCUGACACUUCUGGGACCAAGAGCUGCUUUGGAAGAAAGGAGGAGAUCCUGCAGUACUGCCAGGAGAUGUAUCCAGACCUGCAGAUCACAAACGUGGUGGAAGCCAAUCAACCUGUCAGCAUCGACAGCUGGUGCAAGAGGGGCAAGAAACAGUGCAAGGACCACACUCACAUUGUGGUGCCCUACAAGUGCCUGGUGGGUGAGUUUGUCAGUGAUGUCCUGCUGGUGCCAGAGAAGUGCCGAUUCUUCCACAAGGAGCGGAUGGACAUCUGUGAAAGCCACCAGCACUGGCACACAGUGGCAAAAGAGGCCUGCCUGACAGAAGGGAUGAUCCUGCACAGCUAUGGCAUGCUGCUGCCCUGCGGAGUAGACCAGUUCCAUGGGACAGAAUAUGUUUGCUGCCCUCAGACCAAGGUGGUGGAUCAGGCUCUGUCCAAAGAGGAAGAGGAUGAAGAUGAGGAUGAAGACUAUGACCUCUAUAAAAGCGAGUUCCCUACAGAGGCAGGUGUAGAAGACUUCACAGGAACAGCUGUGGAGGAGGAUGAAGAUGAGGAAGACGAGGGUGAAGAGGAGGAGGAGGACGUGGUGGAAGACUAUUAUGAUAGCUACAAAGUGGAUGAUUACAACGAGGAGACCCCCACAGAGCCUAGCAGCGACAAAGCUGCCUCUGAGAAGGAAGUCAGCAGCGAUAUGAAAUCUGUCUGCUCCCAGGAGGCGAUGACAGGGCCCUGCCGGGCUGUGGUGCCUCGUUGGUACUUCGACCCUAACAAGAGAAAGUGCAUUCGCUUUAUAUAUGGAGGCUGCGGAGGCAACAGGAACAAUUUUGAGUCAGAGGAGUAUUGUAUGGCUGUGUGUAAAAAGAUGAUGCCAACUGAUGAUGUGGAUGUGUACUUUGAAACCCCUGCUGAUGACAACGAGCAUGCUCGCUUCCAGAAGGCCAAGGAGCAGCUGGAGGUCAGGCACCACAACCGCAUGGACCGGGUGAAAAAGGAAUGGGAGGAAGCAGAACACCAGGCUGUAAACCUCCCCAAGGCAGAGAGGCAGACUCUCAUUCAGCACUUCCAGGCAAUGGUGAAGUCCCUGGAGAAGGAGGCAGCGAGUGAGAAGCAGCAGCUGGUGGAGACUCACCUGGCUCGUGUGGAGGCCAUGCUGAACGAUCGCCGCCGCAUCGCGCUGGAGAACUACCUGGCUGCUCUGCAGGCUGACCCCCCCAGGCCCCACCGCAUCCUGCAAGCUCUGAGGCGCUACGUCCGCGCCGAGAACAAGGACCGGCUGCACACCAUCCGCCACUACCAGCACGUCCUGGCAGUCGACCCAGAAAAGGCUGCACAGAUGAAAUCUCAGGUGAUGACACAUCUCCAUGUGAUCGAGGAGCGGAUGAAUCAAAGCCUCUCUCUGCUCUACAAGGUGCCAUAUGUGGCUGAAGAAAUCCAGGAUGACAUUGAUGAGCUGCUGCAGGAGCAGCGUGCAGACAUGGACCAGUUCACAUCCUCUGUCUCUGAGUCGCAGGUGGAUGUCAGGGUGAGCUCCGAGGAGAGCGAAGAGCUUCCCCUGGAGGGCAAACCCUUCCGUCCCUUCCAGGUGAAAACCUUCCCAGCCUUGCCUGAGAAAGAAGAUCCUCAGCCGGAUUUGUACCACCCAAUGAAAAAAGGGUCUGGCAUGACUGAGCUGGAUGGGCUGAUUGGCGCCGAGGAGAAAGUGAUCAACAGCAAGAACAAGGUGGAUGAAAACGUGGUCAUUGAUGAAACCCUCGACGUGAAGGAGAUGAUUUUCAACGCGGAGCGCGUCGGGGGGCUGGUGGACGAGCCGGAUAACGACAACUCCCUCCGGGAUGACUUCAGCUUCAGCAGCAGUGCCCUGAUUGGUCUGUUGGUGAUUGCUGUUGCCAUAGCUACUGUCAUAGUCAUCAGCUUGGUGAUGCUGAGGAAGAGGCAGUACGGGACCAUCAGCCAUGGAAUUGUGGAGGUUGACCCCAUGCUCACCCCAGAAGAGAGGCAUCUGAGCAAGAUGCAGAACCAUGGCUACGAGAACCCCACUUACAAAUACCUGGAGCAGAUGCAGAUAUAAGAGAGCUGAAGAUACAACAGCCCUGACUGGGAGAGAGGAGCAGCCAGGGCAGGAGGGCCAAAGGGGUCCAGCAGUUUGGAUCAACUACUGACCAACAGUUGCUUCAAGAGGACUUCAUCUUACAUUCAGAACUCCUGGAUCAUUAAGACUAUAAUUACUACUGUAGAGUUGCAAUUUCCAUUCUUUUAAAUGGGUGAAGAAAUGCUAAUAUAAGGAUAUGAGGAUAUAUAAAUCUCCUUUAAAUGGGAAAAAAAAAAACAAACAAAGGAUUUAUUGCAGAUAUUUGACUGAGAUGUAGGGUUUGGGGUUUUUUUUUUUUCCCCUCUUUGUGUUUUUGUUAAGGAAUCUGGGAAACAACCAACAAAACCAAACCACUUCUGUUGUGCUGUUGUCUGAUGCAAGCUCUCUCUCUCUCUCUCUCUCUCUCUAUCUAUAUAUAUAUAUAACAAAAAAAGCCCAUGGGAACUGAUGAUUUUUAUUCCCACCUGUAUAUUGAGGGUCAUUUGUACCAGCCCCAGCCUUGGGAAGAGGUGACAGUUGUGGCUCUUUAGUCAGUUUGGCUUUUUUAUAUAUAUAUAUAUAUAUAUAUAAAGCAGGAUUUGAUUUGAUUCUCCUUUUUGUUUCUUUUGGGUUUGGGGUUGUUGGGGUUUUUUUUUUUAAGUGAAUAAGUUGCAAAGAGAUUAAUUUAGGGAUAGCCUAGGGAAGCAAUUGGGAAUGGUAACUAACAAGGCCUUGAGAUGAGAGGCAAAAUGACGAGAAAGAGAUGAACAAAAGAGAAAAGGAAACCAACCUCAUCCUCACAUGCCAGUGGUGUGCAGCCUGCUGCUUAGCGGUGUGGGCUCUAGGAGUGGAGGCUCCCUGGAGGCAAGGAGUUAAAAGGCUUCUAGCAUCUCUUGUUUGAUAGUUCUAGUGGAAUGUUAGGCCAUGGUUUGUGCAUACUGGGGGUCUGCACACUCCCCUGCCAGAUUCAGUUUAGCUUCUAGAGGUGGAAGUUCCUGGUCUUGAAUUUAACUCUUGCUUUCCUGACCCAGUUUCCUUCGGUAGCUCACCUGGCGUUAACAGCCCCCAACUUGCUACUGCUCUCUAACCUUCCCCAGCUCUCCUGCCUCACCAGCCUGGGUAAGUAGUGAAGGGCUGCAGAGGGGGUUCCAGCCUCAGCAUCCCUCUGGAUGACCUUUUUUGCCCCUUUGGGUGUUUGCCCAGCAAUGACAAAUCACUGCAAUAAUCAGGACCUUGGGAGCUGGCGAAGGUGGAGUUGGCUUGGAGUGGGGAGGGGAGAGGGGGGAGAAGUUUGCUGCUUUAAGGGAAAUGGGAUGCAUAGGCCCUGGCCCCCUCCCCCCCAGACAAAACCAGAACAAAAAGGGUGUUGUUCACUCACCAUCAUGUCUUUGUAAUGCUUGUAUAGUUGGUGUUAAUGCUCACAGCUUUUUUAAAUCUGGAGGUUCUGGUAACCUGUGGUGUAUUUUUUUCUAUUAUUUCCCCCCCCCCCUCUUCCCCCUGUGACUUUUAGUUUAAUUUCUUUUGGUUUGGUUUUUGGGUUUGUUUUUUUCACCCCCCCACCCCUUCCCCCUUCCGUGUCUCUUCCCACUAUGCACAGAUUUACCUGCAAACUCCUUAGUGUGGUCUGUGGGGAAUGUACAAAGUUUAAACACAUCAAUAAACACUUUAACUUCCA